AUGGUGAUAGAUAUUGAAGGAAAGGAAUUGAAAGUAACAGCAGAGUCUAUUCAUGACAUGUUGGGCAUACCAAUUGGUGGAACCAAACUUACACAACUGGAUCAAAGGCCUAAGGAUGAUAAAAGUUAUGAUGAAUGGAAGCAACAAUUUAAAAAAGAUUCAAUCAUCCAACUGAGUGCAAUAAAAAAUGUUAUUGUUUCUACCACACAAGCUGGUUUCAGUUUCAAAUUGAACUUCUUAGUUCUUUUUGUCAACACUUUUUGCGAGUCAACAUCAAUGGGAAGAUGCAACCUGUUUCCCUUGAGUUAUAUUUCAAGAAAAACAGAUAUCAGCAACAUAGACUGGUGCAACUAUGUUUUGGACUGUGUUGUCAGAACAAAAAACUCAUACAUAACAUACUCAAAUAACAACUUCUUUGUUGGACCUUCAGCUUUCUUGGUGUUGUUCUAUGCUGAUAACAUCCACUCAGAAGCUUUAACAGUAACACAAUUUGUUAAUGAACAAGAUGAAGGAGAUACAGAUCUCGAAGACAGUGAUUCUGAUAAAGAUGAACAUCAUUAUGUUGAGGAAAAGUUGAAUUCAAAGCUUAAUGAUGCGAUGACAAAGUUCCCUAAAAAGGAAAGUUUUAGAAUUUUCAAAGAAAAGAUGACAAAUAUGAUUGUUGAAGAAAAAACUGAAAGCACAACACUUUCUAUUUUUCCAAGUAAUGAAACUGGAGUUGAAGGAAUCAAUUUGACACCAAUAAUGUGUCUAAAAACAAAUGAUCAAAAAGAAAAUGAAGAUAAAGAGGGAAAUGGUGAAGAAGACAGUGAUAAUGAUGCAAGUCAACCAGAAGUAGUGUAA